AUGCGCAGGGGCGGGAUACUAGCGGGGAUAAUGUUCGUGUCGACGGCAGCGCGGUGGCCGGGGGCCGCCUGGGCGGGGUCGAUUUUGGAUGUGUGUGGCGGGAGCACGGCGGGAUGCAGCGCAGACGGGGACAUACACAAUGCGUUGCUUGACCCGGUGUUGGCGGCGGCGCAGGAGUUGGCGCUCCGGACGUUCUACUGCGAGGGCGAUCCGUUCAGCAAAAUUUACGUGCGGUUAAAAGCGCUCGAGCUUACGACGACGCCGGAGGACAUCAAGCGGAUCUUGGAGACCUGGCCGCGGUGGGGGCUUCGGGGCGCGGGCGCGGCGAACGAGUCCACGCUGUACGACGCGAUUUUGAGGGAGGCGCUGGAGGCUGAGGUGGCAGACCUCGUGGCGCGCGAGGAGGCGGGGGAGGCCGACGCGGCGCUGCUGGGCGGCGCCUGGGACUUCGCGCAGGACAUUGCGCUGUUCGAGCGACCGAUCAUGGAGGUCGCGGCGGCGUACGUCGACGCGCUACGCGGCUUGAAGGCGAUCCUACAGGAGCCCGGGAACGUGAACACAGACGUGGUCCGGGCCUGGAUCAACGACUGGUUUGUCAAGUCUCCGAUGAUGUUCCGUCUCGCCUUGCUCCAGAUAAAGAGCUCUGCAAAGCGCAUGGCACUCGAACGGAAAUACAGGCGGUACUACCUCCAGCGCAUUCUCACUGGCGCCUGGUUUUACGUGGAUAUAACGCACGCGGCGCAGCGGUUAUUUGGGGAAUAUCGCACGGGCUUUGAUGACGUCUAUCCCGAAGUGUACAACAAAUUCUUGCACAAUUUGAAUAGCUCGUUUGUGGAGGAGUUCAAUAGCUUCUACCGUCGUCCCAACUUCGCCUCCGAAUCGCCCACCGAUGGUGAUCCACAAGAAAUCAUGUUUAGGAUGCUCGAGUACUCACUCAGGGGAGUCUUCGCGCUAAAAGAGCCGAUGGCGACCUGUUUCCUUGGAGUAGCAUUCGUAUCUGCCCACGAUGAAUGUUAUAAGUGUAUUGUAAAUACGAGCCAACGCGAGUUGGUGCUUAUGUAUAAACUUAUAACUAUGUACAUGUCAAUGAAAACCAAAUCAAGUUAA